UUUCAAUAAAUGUUGAAUUAGCAACAUUAAUAAAACAAAUUUUUUACUGUAUUUUUUAUAAAACCGUGUAAAACAAAAAAAAAAAUAGUAAAGAUAAAAAAAGAGGAGCUCGAGAGUAUUUUUAGAACAUAUGAGAAGAUGCGAUGAAGAAUGAAAUGCAUUUUUUGCAUUGCAGAAUUAAUUAUUCAAAACAAUGGCUUUCCAGUUGGAUGAUUUAUUAAGAGAUGACAAGAGAGAUGCUAAUCUCAUUCCAGAUUUGAGUAAAGCAACGUGUAAUUCACAGGAGGAGUUCAGGAGACUUCGUGAACGAUGCCCAGAGUAUAAAAUAAAACCAGAGAGAGUAAAGAGAGAAGAUAUUAAAGUUCGAGAUAAAGAUUUCUCUUGGAAGACAACAAGAAAAGAAUUGAAAGCCAUGGAGCGUGAAUGGGGCUAUGGCGAUCCAAUUCCACCAGAUAUGAAGAGUCUCAAUCUUCAAGAACUUCAACAGGUUGCAAUUGAUUGGAGAAUGUUGACUCCUUUAAGGCCAAAAUUACGAGCAGAUGAAGAAAUGUUUUCACGCAUGGUGGAAAUGGGAAAAAUGGAGAUAAAAACUUUAGCAAAAGAACGACGAGUUUCAGUAAGUCCUAUAAGACGUAGUAAAACUCGAGCUGGUAUAAUAGAAAGUAGCGUAAAAAUAUGUGGAGAUUGUGGUGAAGAAUUUUGUUUUGGCGAAGCAUGUGGUGAUAUUUUAUAUGAUUCAUUUAUAAGAGUAACUGUAAUACCAACUCAACAGAAGAUUAAAGUAUCUGAAGACACUGCGGCGAUAAUUGCCAACAUGAAUGGUAGCAAAGGUAAAAAAAAGAAAAAAGGGGACAAAAGUACAAGAGGGAAAGUUGUUGUGCCAGUAAAAAAAAGUACGAGAUUGGUAGCAAAAGGGAAAAGGAGAAAGACAAAAAGUAGUGAGAUGAAGGAAUCCAGUGGUAAGAAUGGAGAUAAAAAUGAUGCUAUAAGUAAAGCAAAAAAAUUUAAAAGAAAGUGUAGUAAGUACUCGAAGAAAGGAAGGUUAACACCAAAAUAAAUUAUCUAGUAAUUCUAGUAGAAAUGAAAACUGUACAGAAGAAAUAAGACUGUAAAUAAAAUUAGAUUUAUAGUGAAA